AUGAAUGGCGGAAGUGCAGGCCGCAUAAGUCCGCAUUUGAAGCAAGAGCAAUUUCUUUUUGUGCCCUAUGUGACCUGGAAAGUGCUAGUAAGGAGUAGCGACUGCACAAGUCCACAAGGUGCCAGGAUGCGACGAGUUUGGACGUGGCUUGGCUGGGGCUCGGCGAUAGCUGCGCUGUGGGUGGCGGCGCUGCAGGCCGACCUGAGUGAAGCGCAGCGCGGGGUGAUCCAAGCACUCCCCAUCUGGGCACUGGUGGUGUUCGGUUGCUACUCCCUCAGCGUCGUUGGCUACGAGAUCAUGUUCUUCCCUGCCUGUCCUGAUGAGGCAGAGAAGCUUCAAAAGGAUAUUCGGGUUGCUACGGCCUACCUGAACAAACACGGAAUCAGUGUUAGCAAGUAAUCAAGCGGAAUAAAGUUGGAAUGCUUUAUGAUCCACUUCUACGGCGCGCACCUCAAUUUUGGUCUUGGUUUUCCCCAAGGAUUCUCCCUGGGGACACAAGGAUUGGUCAUGUACAGUUAGAUAGUGAAUACGAUUGUGUAGGAAGGUGAAGCUCGCAACAGCCAGGAUUAUGGAGGUGAGUCCCUUCAAAGUUGAUGGUCGAGUAAGUACUCCUCAAUUAAACCGCCUUUGAUUCAUACUGAAAGGCCAGCCAGGGUCAAAGGGUGCACUAGGCUACACAUGCUUGGAUUGCAUCUACGCCGUGGCUUGGUCUUGCCGUAGACGAUUUUGGUCCUUGGGGCAGGCCACCUCCUGGCGCCUAGCCCGAACUAGUGACGGUAAAUGGCACUUAGUAGAUUGUUGGUCGUUUGCAGUGAUGUCCAAUGCGCUAUCGUUGGUCCUGCAGAUCAAUCUCCGGCUAUCACAUCCUGGACCCUUGAC